AUGGAGACAGCCGACAUUUUAUCGGAGCAACUCGUCGCUACAAUAGAGCCAAUGCAAUUCGUAACUGACAGUGUUCAGGAGCAUGUGACAAAGGAGUGCAAUCGGGGAAGGGUAAGAUUUGAGAUUGAAGUUCUCAAUAGAAAAAAAUUGUAAAAUACGGACAACGGAUGUAUUUUUCUAAGCUUAGCGUCAACUUUUUGGAAAUUACAAAAAAAAAAAAAUUUUCUUUUGGAAAAGGCUUUUCGAAAAAAAUUCUUUUUUUGAUGAUCCACCAGUCUUUCCAUAAAGUUCGUAGACCUUUUGUCGCAAGCUUUUUGCACUGUGCAAUUCAAAAAUCACCGCGGCAUAAGCUUAUUUCAACCGCGAAGGACGGAAUGGUCCGCUGCGGAAAGGUCUGCUUAAAAAAAGAAAGAAGAGGGCGGGAGGUUUUCGAUGGCGCUGAUUUCGAAUAUCGUAUCCAUUUUUUCUGAAUUUUACAAUUUUGCUUAGGCAGUAGUGUUAAUUAGCAAUUAAAAGAAAAUUUUUUUUUGAGUAAUGGAUUUCGGGGUUUUCGGUGGUGCUGAUUUUGAAAAUUGUAUCCAUUUCUUCUGAAUUCUUGCCUAUCUUCCUCAAUUCUUUAAAAUAAAUGUUUUAAUUGGUAAAAACUUGGUCAAACUUGUAUGAUAUUGUAAGAAAACUUAUGGCGCUUUUUUUCGUCUUUACAGCGAAAAUGACACUACUGUUUAAGCAAAAUUGUAAAAUUCAGAAAAAAUUGAUAUGAUUUUGCGCCAUCGAAAACCAAAUACUAGCUCUAUAUCCCCUACUUUUUUACACAAAUGUUUUUGCAAUUCUUCGAUAUUGCAAAAAGAAAAAAAACCAGACAAUUAUUGUGAAAUUUUGCUUUGCCUUUUCGUGUAGGCGAUGUUUUGUCUAAUGCCACAAGCGUGUGUAAUUAGAUUCCGGUACAUCGUGGUGUUCAUUUUGAAAUUUAAUUUUACAAUUUUACAAUUUGUUUCAUUGAAUUUUUUAAAUUUUCCGCACGAUUCGUUUAAUUUUUAUUUUUUUUUUGCACGGUGCAGGCAAACAACGUUCCCUUGCACCGUGCAAAAACUGCGACAAGUUUGUUUUCUUGCGUUUGCACUGUGCAAUUUUUUUGAUUUUUUUUGCACAGUGCAAUCAAUUUUUUACCUUUUUUUCGCACAGUGCAAUCUGUUCGCAACUCCCGUUUCCUCUCGCACAAUGAAAAAAGUUGCGACAAGACUUCCCUUUCCGUUUCCGCACGGUGCAAUUUCCUGUCUUCAUUAAAUUUCGCACGGUGCGUUCAACUUUAUUUUUUUUGCACUGUGCAGACAAAAAAAGUUUUCUUGCACUGUGCUAAAACUGCGACAAGUUUGUUUUCUUGAGUUUUCACUGUGCAAACUAUUUUUUAUUUUUUUUGCACAGUGCAAUGUGUCGCAACUCUGUUUUCUUCGCACAGUGACAAAAUUUCAAGUUUUUUUCGCUUUCCGUUUUCGCACGGUGCAAUUUCCUGUCUUCAUUAAAUUUCGCACGGUGCGUUCAACUUUUUUAUUUUUUUUUGCACUGUGCAGACAAAAAAGUUUUCUUGCACUGUGCUAAAACUGCGACAAAUUUAUUUUCUUGCGUUUGCACUGUGCAAACUAUUUUUUAUUUUUUUGCACUGUGCAAUGUGUCGCAACUCUGUUUUCUUCGCACAGUGACAAAAUUUCAAGUUUUUUUCGCUUUCCGUUUCCGCACGGUGCAAUUUCCUCUCUUCAUUAAAUUUCGCACGGUGCGUUCAACUUUUUUAUUUUUUUUUGCACUGUGCAGACAAAAAAAGUUUUCUUGCACUGUGCUAAAACUGCGACAAAUUUAUUUUCUUGCGUUUGCACUGUGCGGAUGGCUCUUUUAUUUUUUUGCACUGUGCAAUGUGUCGCAACUCUGUUUUCUUCGCACAGUGACAAAAUUUCAAGUUUUUUCACUUUCCGUUUCCGCACGGUGCAAUUUCCUCUCUUCAUUAAAUUUUGCACGGUGCGUUCAACUUUUUUAUUUUUUUUUGCACUGUGCAGAGAAAAAAAAGCUUCCUUGCACUGUGCAAUACCUGCGACAAAUUUUUUCUUGUGUUUGCACUGUGAAAAUUUUUUCUUAUUUUUUUUGCACAGUUCAAUCUGUUCGCAACUCCCGUUUCCUCUCGCACAAUGAAAAAAGUUGCGACAAGACUUCCCUUUCCGUUUCCGCACGGUGCAAUUUCCUGUCUUCAUUAAAUUUCGCACGGUGCGUUCAACUUUAUUUUUUUUGCACUGUGCAGACAAAAAAAGUUUUCUUGCACUGUGCAAAAACUGCGACAAAUUUGUUCUUGUGUUUGCACUGUGCGGAUGGCUCUUUUAUUUUUUUGCACUGUGCAAUGUGUCUGUCGCAAUUCUUUUUUUUUGCAGACAGAGGAAAAAUUGCGGCAAAAUUUCAAGUUUUUUUCACUUUCCGUUUCCGCACGGUGCAAUUUCCUCUCUUCAUUAAAUUUUGCACGGUGCGUAAAAUUUUUAUUUUUUUUUUGGAAAAUUUCGAAAAAAGUUGGACCUAGAGCUCAAUAAAAAAUGUGUAACGGAAAACGAAUUUUUUGGCCAAUGAUCUUUCGGCCUAAAAUUUUUUUUAAACCCCAAAUUUUUGCGGAAAAAAUUACAAAAAAAAAUUUUUCAUAAAAUCUCAAAAUUCCUUGUUAAAAAAAGUUAAAAAAUAGAAAGGAAGUGCGAUGGGAUGAUUCGAUAACACUACUUUCUCUGGUCUUUAAUUGGGAGGGGCCUGCAAAUUAUGUUAAUUUACACUUGAGUGCGCGCGGCCAAAGGUUCAUUUGGUCGAAUGGGAGAGUGUAAUACAAACACUCACCAUCUAUUUUUACCAUUGAUACUACUGCAAGGGAAAUAUUCGCAAAAAAUAUUGGAAUUUCUUUUUUUGGAUUAUAUUUGAAUAUUCAAAUUAAUAUUCAAAUUUUGUGCUAACCAUGAAGGAAGUGAUGACAAAAUUAAUCGUAAAGAAGAAAUUGCUGGAUUGCGUUACUCCGGUAGGUAAAAUACGAUACCAGAUUCUUUUAUGGGAUUAUUCUUGACCAUUUUUGAAAGCAAACAAAAUUUUCAUGGUUAUAAUGUUUCACGAUUUUUUUUUUCAAAUUUAUCACGGUAAAUAUUAUAUCAAUCUGUCGGGAAAAUAAUGUUGUAGGCUAUGCCGCUUUGCCGAUGGCGUCGCUGAAGCGAAGAGCAAUUUGAUUUUCGCCGCGACACAAUUCAUUCAAACGCUUUUUCGCUUAUUAUUUUCCCGACAGACUGAUAGCAUGCAGAUAUGUGUAUCGGAUGUCGGGAAAAAUAAUGAGCACACUUUCGCAUCGAAAAUCACACCGCCGCCGAGGAAAUGAAUUGUGUCGCGACGAAAUCAAAUUUCUUUUCACUUCAGUGAUGCGCUCGGCGCAUCGACUCAUGCUCAUUAUAUUUUCAGUCUGUCGGGAAGAUAAUGUGGAUUUGAUGCGCCUUGAACUCUCUUAUCAUCGAUUUGCGACGGUUGGAGAUUUGGUGCUUGACUGCCAGAAGCGAGAAAUUUUGCUGCAAAAAAUCCACAUUAUUUUCCCGACAGACUGAUAUGGUAUUACAGAUAGCAUUAAUUACCCAUUUUUAUAAUUUUUAGUGUAAAAUACGAACAAGUUUCUCUUCUUUCUAUCUCGUAUGACCUGCCUAUUUCUUAUAAAGACCUUCCCCAAAACCAUGUCUAUCUGAGCCCUAGCCAGUUUUCAUACCACAAAAAAAAUCUGAAUAACUGACUCUUAUAUCCCACUAAAGCCGCCGUUUCAGGAGAUGCGCGCCCAACAAAUGAACAUCUACAUUAUGGCCGUCUUCUACACCACCGUCUUCCUAAUCUCAUUCAUUGGCAACGCCACCGUUGUCUACGUCAUGGUGAUCCGCGCCAAGACCACGAACGUCAUGAACUUGCUGAUAACAAACCUGGCCGUUUCCGACUUCCUCGUCUGCAUUACAUCCCUCUGGUUAACGCCGUUGUAUUGGUAUACCGGCCAAUGGAUGUGGGGGACCACAAUGUGCCACUUUUUCCCGCUGUUCCAAGGCCUCAGUAUUUGCAACAGCUCCAUGACGUUGCUGGUGAUCGCCGUGGAUCGGUACAUUGUGGUGUGCAAGAAUCAGGACAGUCGAUACAAAGCGUUCAAUCUGACAACGAAGGUGAGGAGAUUUGAAGAGUUUUAGGAGGAAAUUAGACUUUUCAUGGUGAAAAUAAUUGAAGAAUGGUGUUUUAAAAUAUUGCAAAGCUUACUAAUCAAAUUUCUUUUCCCUUCCUAAAGCCGCUGGAGUGAUUUUUGGCGUUUGCACUGUGCAGAAAAAGUCAGGGUGCGAGCGACAGCUUGCACGGUGCAAAGGCCAAAAAUUGCACAGUGCAAAAUGAACUUUUGUUUUCGCACGGCACGUCAAACUGAGAUAAGCUAAAACAGUCCGGUGAAUGGAUUGGCAAUUUGCCAAAAAAAGACGCGAAAAAACGUUUUGUCGGGGGAGAAAUGGGGAAUUUUUGGGGCGAGAGAGUACGCUUUUGCGUGUCUUUUCUCUCUUUCUCUGCGAAAUCAAGACGAAGUGUAAAAAACCGAUAGCGAAGAGUCUAUUCCGGUCACCGGACUCCUCAGUUUGACGUGCACGGUGCUGUCGCAGAAACCACUUUAGCGACUAUGCGAGCGGACUAUCAGUCAGUCGGGAAAUUAAUGCGGGUUUCAAUUUAUUCGUUAUACUAGGAUUUCGUUGUACGGAGGCUCACUCGGCCCAAGAUUGACAUUUUAGCAACAGAGAGGCGGAUGACAGAGAGAAAAACAAUUUUUGGCCCUAUCAUUGUCAGUUUCUUGCGGAAAAAAAUGAUUUUUUGUGAAUACCGUACGGUAUACGGUAGAAAUAGGCACUAAGCUUUUCCAUUCCAAAGCUCGCAAAAACCGUUAGAUUUUUUAUUUAACUUUUAAUCGUUUCUGACAAAAAAACACCAGCAAAGUUUACAACAACCUCCGACUUUGAUGUCGGGUUUUUUGCGCCAACGGGAUUAUUCUUUUAAAAUACGACCCAGUGAAGAGCUGAAACUUUUGGAUACUAAAAAAUUAAGCUUCAACCCUACGUAUUGCUAGGUAUCAGUCUGUCGGAAAAAUAAUGACCACUCUGUCGCAUUCGAAAUCACAUCGCUGCCGAGAAAAUGAACUCGGCAAAACCAAAUUUCUUUACACGUCAGCAACGCAAUUGACACAGCGACAUUAUGCACAUUAUUUUCCCGACAGACUGAUAUAAAAACGUGAAAAAUAACAAAUUUUUAUUUCGUUUUCUCUCCAGAACUGCAAAUUUGUGAUCGCGUUCAUUUGGUCGAUCGCCAUAACCCUGGUUAUGCCGUAUGCUUUGAACAUGAAGAUCAAGAAGUCAUCAAAUCUCUGUGGACACUACAAAUGCUUGGAGUCUUGGUCUACCGGCUCAACAAGAGCUGUUUAUGGGCUGGUUGUGACCAUGUUUCAGGUAAAUUUUUGACUUGUUACGUACAAAAUAUUAUGCUGUUUUCAUCACUUAUUUGCAUUUAGCUUGUAAAGUACGUCAACCAAUUUUCUUUCAGUUUAUAAUUCCGAUGAUUUUCAUUGGAUUCAGUUACAUGAAGAUCUUCAUGUUUCUGCAACGACAAUGUCAAGAGAGCAACAACCGACUGAGAGUUGUGAGCAACAAAAAGAACGCGCUGUUCCGCAUGUUAUUUGUCAUGGUUGUGGCGUUCGCGGUGUGUUGGCUGCCUGUGAAUAUUCUGUAAGUUCUCUCUCUAAAUGUAUUAGGCCAUUAGAAUAAAGCAGGGCCCUGCAAGGAUAAAAAUACAGCAAUCUUUUUUGCCAAUGUCUUUGGAAAGUGUUUUAACAGAAAGUGUUUAAAAAUUAGCUGCCUAAUUUUGGUCUAACGACAUGUUUUUUGUCCUCAGAAGAUUUCUCGUGAUACCAUGCCAGUGUCUUUUUGACCAUUUUUUACCAAUUAAAAAUUUUUGUUUCGCGCUAAAAUAUACUCUGUGAUCUUAACAAGCCAUACAAUGUCAAAUUGGAUUAAGACUUCAGCUUAAUAGUAGUUACAAAAAAUGAAUUAUGUCGAUGGCAAAAUCAAAUUGCUUUUUACCCCAGCGACGCGAUAGAGACACUGUGCUCAUUAUUUUCCCGACAGACUGAUAUUUAUGAGACCUACAAAAGCUCUUACAGACUGGUAGUACAAUACUUUUUGCAAAUCGCUUACUUUUUCUCGUUUUCUAACCAAGUUUAUUGUUUCAGCAACGUAAUGCGUGACAUUGGACUGGAUCAGCUAAUUCUUGGCCGCCAAUUUGGGAUCUGGUUCAUGCGGGCCCAUAUGUUGUCCAUGACGGGGGUCAUGGUCAACCCUCUCAUCUACGCCUUCAUGAACCACAACUUCCGCGACGAGUUCUGUCGCGUCUUCCCAAUCCGCGUCUUCAUCGCGUUGCCGAAGCGGAUUUGUCGCAAAUCGCCGGCCAAAAAAGAGAACGGCCUGCUGAACGUGGAGCAGAAUACCACCGGGCUUUUAACCAACAACACUCGCGCUAUCACCGAUGACGGCUCGCAGAAACGCGGGCUUUUCAGCUACUACGACGACGAGUUUGAUGACCUCGGCCGCGAUGAUGGUUUCUGGACCGAUGAGGAUGAGAAUCAAAAUAAAUUGAAGGUGAACACGCCGAGAAGAAAGAGGUCAAGAUUUAGCGAGAGAACGGAGAAUGAAAUGGCGGCGGCGACUGGCUGUUGCAGCAGUUUUGGCCCAAAAAACGAUGAGCCCUAUGCCAAGAGUUUGGAGAUGCAGAAACAGGAGGAGAGGGGGAAAAUCGCGAGCGCAACGAGAACCACGACCACAGGGACCCCGACUUGGACGGAAGAGAAGAAUAGCGCAACGGUGGUUGCGAUCAGCACAGGUGAGAAAAGUUGAAGUAAAAAAUUCUAAGAAGGGAAGUACUCCGAGUCGGGCAUCUAAAUAUGAAUUCCUGAAAGUUUAAGCUCGCUAUUUGCAGGCGCCGCCGAGGUAUUGCAUGAUUUUUGUCGCCGAGAGAGUACGCUAAACGCGGAGAGCGGUCACAGAGAAAAAUUGGCCACAACUUUGCUAGCUUCGUGCGGAAAAAAAUUGAUUUUUUGUGGAAACAUUACCCUCUAUGGUGGAAAUAGGCACGAAACUUUUUGUGCCGAAAUGCGGCAAAAAGUGUCAUAUUUUCGCGAACUUUCGAUCUAAAAAUCUCGGCUGUUUCUGCAAAGCGCGAGCUAGGAUACUCGCAUAUGUUUUAGAAAAAAUUUUUCUAAAUUUGUGCCAAGUUUUAUCAAAAUCUGAGCGUCGCAUUUGAGGUACUUCUCUUUUAGGAGGAAAUGAGCGGAAAAGUUUUUGCGUCUUAUAAAAGUACACGCCGUACAUUAAAAUUAAUUUUUUUUUGCGUAAAGAGUUUACGUAUCCGUCUGUCGGGAAAAUAAUGAGUAUAAUGUCGGUGUGCCAAUUGCGCUGAUGAAGUGAAACAUAAAGUUUUAUUUUUCCGCGACACAAUUAAUUUUCUCAUCAGCGAUGCAAUUUUCGUCGCGACAGAGUGCUCAUUAUUUUCCCGACAGACUGAUAAAAAAUUUUAAAUAAAUAAUCGUUUCCAGAGCCCUCCAACCCUUCCACGGAGCCUUUGUCCAUCCGACGCACCAUCGAGACACAUUCCACGGCCAAUCAGCAUUCCGCCCCAACCGAAUUUGACGUCCAUUCCGAUGUGCAGUUAUGA